AUGAAGCACCUGGCUGCGUAUCUCCUCCUCGGGCUCGGUGGCAACACCUCCCCCAGCGCCAAGGAUGUCAAGGCCGUCCUUGAGUCCGUCGGUAUCGAGGCCGAUGAUUCCCGUCUCACGAGCCUCCUGUCUGAGCUCAAGGGCAAGGACAUCAACACCUUGAUCUCUGAGGGCUCCGCCAAGCUCGCAUCGGUUCCGUCCGGUGGUGGUGGUGGCGCUGCCCCCUCUGCUGGUGGUGCCGCCGCUGGUGCCGCUACCAGCGACGCUCCUAAGGUCGAAGAGAAGGAGGAGGAGAAGGAGGAGUCCGACGACGACAUGGGAUUCGGUCUUUUCGACUAA